GGGAAGAGGGGUUCCGCUCCCCGGAAGUAGUUUCGGCCGAUGCCGGAAGAGAAGGCCCCGGCAAACGGCGAGAGCCUAAGAUGGCGGAGGUGGAGGAAGUGACCGAAGGGUGUAACCUCCCCGUCUUGCGCCGUAACCAAGAAAACGAAGACGAGUGGCCGCUGGCUGAAAUCCUGAGUGUCAAAGACAUCAGUGGCCGGAAACUUUUCUAUGUUCACUAUAUUGAUUUCAACAAGCGUCUGGACGAAUGGGUCACUCACGACCGGCUGGAUUUAAAGAAGAUCCAGUUCCCCAAGAAAGAAGCCAAGACCCCCACCAAGAACGGGCUGCCCGGAUCCCGGCCCAGCUCCCCGGAACGUGACGUGAGGAAGACCUUGGAUCUACAACCAGCCACUCCAUCCAGCGGUAAAACCCUACCCAUCCCGGUGCAGAUAACCCUCCGUUUUAACCUAUCUAAAGAGAGGGAGGCCGUCCCUGGCUCGCCCGACCAACCCCUCUCCUCCAGCUCCUGCGUCCAGCCAAACCAUCGUUCUACGAAACGGAAGGUGGAAGUGGUCUCCCCCGCAACCCCCAUCCCUGUUGUGAGCGAGACAACACAGGCCUCGGUUUUCCCCCAGAAUGGCUCCGCUCGCCGAGCCGUGGCCGCCCAGCCGGGCCGGAAGAGAAAAUCCAACUGUCUCGGGACAGAUGAGCAGGAUUCCCAGGACAGCUCGGACGGGAUCCCGUCGGCGCCCCGCAUGACGGGCAGCUUGGUCUCAGACCGGAGCCACGAUGACAUCGUCACCCGCAUGAAGAACAUCGAAUGCAUCGAACUCGGGCGCCACCGCCUCAAACCCUGGUACUUCUCGCCCUACCCUCAGGAGCUCACCGCCCUCCCCGUCGUCUACCUCUGCGAAUUCUGCCUUAAGUAUGUCAAGAGCCUCAAAUGCCUCCAGAGGCACCUGAUGAAGUGCGAUUUGAGGCACCCUCCGGGUAACGAAAUCUACCGCAAAGGGACCAUUUCCUUCUUUGAGAUCGACGGCCGGAAGAACAAGAGUUAUUCGCAAAAUCUUUGCCUCCUGGCGAAAUGCUUCCUCGAUCACAAAACCCUCUACUACGACACGGAUCCCUUCCUCUUCUAUGUCAUGACUGAAUACGACAGCAAAGGCUUCCACAUUGUCGGCUAUUUCUCCAAGGAAAAGGAAUCCACCGAAGACUACAACGUGGCGUGCAUUCUGACAUUACCUCCUUAUCAGAGACGGGGUUAUGGCAAGCUGCUGAUUGAGUUCAGUUAUGAGCUGUCCAAGGUGGAAGGCAAGACAGGCACCCCUGAAAAACCCCUCUCGGAUUUGGGCCUCUUAUCGUACCGCAGCUACUGGUCCCAGACAAUCCUGGAGAUCCUGAUGAAUCUCAAACUGGAGAACGGCGAACGCCCACAGAUCACCAUCAACGAGAUCAGUGAAAUCACGAGUAUCAAGAAGGAGGAUGUCAUCUCUACGCUUCAAUAUCUCAACCUCAUCAAUUAUUAUAAGGGACAGUACAUCUUGACCCUCUCCGAGGACAUUGUGGACGGGCACGAGCGGGCCAUGCUGAAGCGAAUUCUGCGCAUUGAUUCCAAGUGUUUACAUUUCACCCCAAAGGACUGGAGUAAGAGGGGGAAGUGGUGAAUUCAAAGGCUCCCCCCCCCCACGGGCCCUUUGACUUUGGCAAAAAGCAGGGGGGGGGGUCCCCCCAGGACCUCAGUGUACAGCGGUAGCAGGAUCAAGCUGACCACCCCCCCCUUCAUCCCUACCCCGCCCCGGACUCUGAACAGCCCUGCGCGUCCCGGAUGGCCUUUUCGAGACGGGACUCCGCCAAGACUUUUGUGUACAGUAGUUGAAAAGCACAGACGGGUUGUGUUCAGCCUGCUUAUAUCGGUCCAGACAUUUCUGAAUGCUCCCCAUACUCCUCCAGGUUGGGGGGGGGGGGCUGAGGGGUUUUUUGCCCCCCUCCCGAGUCCCAUGGUGCUCGGGUACAAGCGGAUUUGCGGGGUGCACCUUCCGAGCGGCCAGAUAAUGGAUCCCAUCCAGCAGCUGAUUCUGGCGGGGAGAGGGAGAGCCCACGGCACUCGGGGGCUGAAACCCCGGAGCGGGCACAAGGCCGAGACCCCUCCCGCCGGCUCCAGGUCAGAAGAGAUGGGGGCUGUGCGGGCCUCUUCAUGCAGGAAAAGCCUGGAGCGCCGAGAAGAUGCACCUUUCUCAAAAAGGGACAACUCACCUCUUGUCUCUGAUUGGAAUAAAUGAACAAAGUCCUUUUUUUUAAGGAAA